GCGUAGGUGACGGACCAGUUCUGUCUUCACGGGGCCUCACCUAGGCGUCUUGGGACAUCAGAGUACAAAGACUUUGGUUCCUGGUUCAACUAUGGAUGGAAAAGAACGGUUGAGGAUGGAGGAGGGCGAGGCGGAAGAUGAGUCCGAGUCAGAAGAGGAGGACUUAGAUGGCAAAGAACAGCGGAGACCAUCCACAGACGACAUGGCGGAUCGGAAAAGCGGGGUCACGGGAUAUCAAGAAGACUUAGGAGAGUCGAUUAAAAAGGACAGCAGUGUUCCACUCGAAAUACAGCUGCGUGGUCCUGGCAUGCAGCAGCUGUACUCACAGGCCUGCCGCCAGGGGGCGCUACCGUUGCACAACACGCGCGGGCUCGUGGUUGGUCAGUACAGAUCCGGAAAGACUUGUGUUGUCAGGAGGCUGACGGGAGAGAAGGCUGUGGAGGAUGAACCGAUAACAGACGGCAUCGAGAUUUCACCGAGCGUGAUGACCACGACAUGGCGGAAGGCAAAAGAGGAGCCAGACGAAUUCAAGGAAACUAUGGCAGAACGCUUGACGAAGCUACAAAAAUGGAACAUAGCAAAGUUUCAGACAUCGUUACGAAGCCAGCAAGCAGUCAAGAGUCAUGGCGACAAGACAAACCUUACAGGUAUUCAAAAUAACUUUUUCACAAAUCAAUAAGAUAAACACAGACUAAAGAAGUUAACGCCAAGGAACAGGAAGACAGGAAGAACCAUUAAAGCAGAAAGUAGUCCAUAUCAAAUUGCAGAGAACAAGAAUGUA